AUGCCUGCCAAAGCCGCCGCCGCUCCCAAGAAGGCCUCUGGCCACGCCAGCUACCAGGAUAUGAUCACUGAUGCUAUUGUCAACCUCAAGGACCGAAAGGGCUCUAGCCGUCAAUCUUUGAAGAAAUAUGUCAAGGCCAACAACACUCUCAAUGUCACCGACAACAUGUUCGACUCUUUGUUCAACAAGGCACUGAAGGCUGGUGUUGACAAGGGUGUCUUUGAGCAGCCCAAGGGUCCCUCCGGUGGUACCAAGCUUGCCAAGAAGCAGCCUGAGCCUAAGAAGGCCGCCGCUCCCAAGAAGGUUGCUGAGAAGAAGGACAGUGCUGAGAAGCCUGCCGCUAAGAAGCCCGCUGCCAAGAAGGCUGCUGCUCCCAAGAAGCCUGCAGCUGAGAAGAAGGCCGCUGCCCCCAAGAAGGCUGCCGCUGAGAAGAAGACAACCGAGAAGAAGUCUGCCGAGAAGACCGAGAAGGCUGAGAAGGCUGCUCCUGCUAAGGCUGCCCCCAAGAAGACCGCCGCUCCCAAGAAGGCUGCUGCCCCCAAGAAGACUGCCGACAAGGCUGAGAAGCCCGAGACAACUCUCACAAAGACAAAGGCUGGCCGUGUCGCAAAGACCACAAAGGCUGCCCCUGCCAAGAAGGCCGCCGCACCUAAAAAGGCAGCGCCCAAGAAGGCCGCUGCUACCAAGGCGUAA